CGUCACCGCCGCCGUGCUCGCCAUUGUGUCCAUGCGUUGCUGCUAGCGGGAGACCUGCCUCGUCCAUGUGGAAGUAGCAGCUACAAAUGGAGCGUGGUUCAAAACGUCGGCAGGUGAAACCUCUUGCUGCUUCUCUCCUGGAUGCCUUGGACUAUGACAGCUCCGAUGAUAGCGACUUUCAAGUUGGCGAUGCCUCAGGUUCAGACGGCACCGGCAACGGCAGUGACGAAGACGGUUCUAAAGCCAGCACCGCAGCUUCUGAAAGUGACUCCGACAACGCGGGCUCUGCAGAGGAUGGUAUUGAUGAGGAGGAUUCCAAAGACAACUUUACGGAAGACGAAGACAAGUCCAAACAGCAGAAUUCCUCAGACGGCUCCACCAAAGACGCCGUCGUGGCCAGUCCACCCAAAGGAAGACGAAAGAGCAAGAAGGUCACAGAGUCGGAUUCGCAGUCAGCGCACGACAGUGUCUGCACGUCGGCGUCUGGGCCCGCCAGCGACAACGCGGAGGAACUGCAGGCCGAGCCCAAGAAAUGGAACUUUCGCAGGAACCGCCCGCUGCUUGACUUUACCAGCAUGGAAGAGCUGAACGAGAUGGACGACUACGACAGCGAGGACGACAAUGACUGGAGACCUACAGCGGGGAAGAAGAAAGGCAAAGCCGGGGCCCAAAAAGGGGGCACGGAGGAAGAAGCUGGCGGUAGCGAUGACGAUGACGACGAUGAUGAUGAUGAUGAUGAUAAUGAUGACGACGAGGAGGAGGACGACGACGAAGAGGAUGAUGACAAGGAAGAUGGGGACGAGGAAAACAACAACAGUACCAGCGAGAGUGACGAGGUGAAGAAGCCCAAGAAAAAAACAAAGAGCAUGAACGCUUUUGAUGAAGAAUUGACGAAUGACAGCAUGUCCCAGGGGAAAUGUAACGAGGAUGCCUUGCUGGAUCGAUCCCAGACGUGGAGCACUCGCCACAUCCUUAUCUGCUGUGUGUGCCUCGGAGACAGCAGCGGGGACGCAGAUGAGAUCAUUCAGUGCGACAAUUGUGGCGUCACCGUGCAUGAAGGGUGUUAUGGCGUGGAUGGGGAGAGUGACUCCAUCAUGAGCUCUGCAUCAGAGAACUCCACUGAGCCCUGGUUUUGUGAUGCCUGUAAGAAUGGAGUGAUGCCAAACUGCGAGCUUUGCCCCAACCAGGACGGCAUCUUCAAAGAGACCGACGCAGGCAGAUGGGUGCAUGUGGUAUGUGCACUCUAUGUUCCUGGGGUAGCUUUUGGAGACAUAGACAAACUCCGGCCAGUGACGCUCACGGAGAUGAAUUAUUCCAAAUAUGGGGCCAAGGAGUGCAGUUUCUGCGAGGACAGCCGCUUUGCCAGGACGGGUGUGUGCAUCAGCUGUGAUGCAGGAAUGUGUCGCUCCUACUUCCAUGUCACCUGUGCACAGAGAGAGGGGCUCCUGUCAGAAGCUGCUGCAGAAGAGGAUAUUGCGGAUCCAUUUUUUGCCUACUGCAAGCAGCAUGCUGACCGCUUUGAUCGAAAGUGGAAAAGAAAAAACUACUUGGCUUUACAGUCGUACUGUAAGGUCUCUCUGCAGGAGAGAGAGAAACAACUCAGUCCUGAAGCUCAGGCCCGGAUCACGACGCGACUGCAACAAUACCGCACAAAAGCAGAACUGUCCAGGAACACUCGGCCCCAAGCGUGGGUGCCAAGGGAGAAGCUGCCCCGACCUCUGACCUCCAGUGCCUCAGCCAUCAGGAAGCUGAUGAGGAAGGCGGAGCUAAUGGGCAUCAGCACAGAUAUUUUCCCCGUAGAUCCAUCCGACACCAACGCUAGCCUGGACGGACGUCGCAAACACAAGCAGCCCGCCCUCACACCAGACUUUGUCAAUUACUACUUAGAGCGGAACAUGCGCAUGAUCCAGAUCCAGGACAACAUCUCGGAGCAGAAGGGUUUAAAAGACAAGCUGGAGAGCGAGCAAGACAAAUUGCACGUGGAGUACAACAGGCUGUGUGAGUCUCUGGAGGAGCUGCUAAAUGUCAACGGUGAUCUGCGCAGUGAAGGCCAGGCCAUGUGGACUCUUCUUGGGGACAUCCUGGGCCAGAAACUUAACACUCCAGCUGUUCUCAAAGCCCCCAAAGAGAGGAAGUCCAGCAAGAAAGAGGGGGAGACUCAAGGGAAGCCAUCCAGCCUGCCGGCAAUUCUCUACAGCUGUGGCAUCUGUAAAAAGAACCAAGACCAACAUCUGCUGGUGCUGUGUGACACCUGCAAACUCUACUAUCACUUAGGAUGCCUGGAACCACCACUGACACGCAUGCCUAAGAAGACCAAGAACAGCUACUGGCAAUGCUCAGAGUGUGACCAAGCCAGCAGCGAUGAGGCGGACAUCGCCAUGGAGACGCUACCUGAUGGUACCAAGAGGUCCAGGAGGCAGAUUAAAGGCCCGAUCAAAUUCAUCCCACAAGAGAUGUCACCAGAGCCCAAGAAGUCUCAAGUGAGGAGCUCAAGAACCAGAGGACAGAAGAGAAAGAGCAUCUCCAUGUGUGAGGACAGAGAAGACAGAAUGGAGGAACCGCUGCCAAGGGAGCGCCGACAGCGCCAUGCGGCUGUGCUGAAAAAGCCCAAAGCGGAUGACAGCAGAACUGAGUGUACAACCUGUAAAGGUCCGGGUGACAAUGACAAUCUUGUGAGGUGUGACGAGUGCCAUCUCUGCUACCACUUUGGUUGUCUGGAUCCUCCACUCAAGAAAUCUCCCAAACAGACGGGAUAUGCUUGGAUCUGCCAGGAAUGUGACGCCUCCUCCAAGGAAGAGGAAGAGGAGAAGCGACAGGAAGAAGAAGAAGAAGAAGAAGAAGAAGAGAAACAAGAAGAAGAAGAAAAAGAAGAAGAAGAAGAUUCAGAAAAAGACAAAAGUUCAGAGCAGGAAGUUCCCAAAUGACGAUGAGAAUAUUUUAAUAACAUUUGCAGACUAUUUCACAUUCUUCAUCUUAUAUAAACGUUCAUAAUGUAAAGAGCAGCACAUAUAAGAUAUUAUUAGUCUUUUGUCACACAAUCUUGAUUUGACGUUGUGGCAAAUUCAGGAAGUGGCCUAAGUAUUGUUUCAUUUUCAUAUUGUCCCUUUAUGAUCAUGUCCCUUUAUGAUCAUGCCCCGCCCACUGCCUAUGACAUCAUCUGUCAUUUGGAAUUAAAGUGAAACUGCAAUCUU